AGGGAGCCAUCAUUUUUUAAGCAGGCAGCUUCCGCCUCGAUUUUAAGUUUUGAUCAAAAUCGUAUUCGGCACCGUAUGGAAAACACAGAUCUCGCUUCCACCAAUACCAUGUUCGACAUCGGAGUUCGGCAACUUGAUUUCGUAGAAUCUUCCACUUCCAUUGAAAACUGCAAUGAAAUGGAUGAAAUAGCCAGAUCUACUACCACUAUCAUGUUAUCUAUAGAAAGAUCUGUUGCUACCAAAUUUCUUCAUCAAUACUUCAAUAAUCGCAUUGUGGGGCCAUUGCUCAUAUGUGCACAGAUUGUGGUAUCAGCAGUAUUGCUGACCUUUGUCUAUAUUCCGGUGCAACUUGAUGGAGUUGUAACGUAUUACUGUAUGGCAAUGUCGUGUAGCAAACCGCUUUUCACAGUAGUACCCUUAUCAAUCUCCAUGAUCAUCCAAAGUAUAGGAAUAAUUAUAUUUACCAGGUUGAAAGGGGUCAACAAGGAAAUUAAGAUGAAACUAAGAACUACAGGAGAUUUGCGUGCACGUUAUCAAGUCGAGGAAACGCUUAGAUCGCUGAAUACCUUAUCGCCGUUUUUCUACUCGUCAUAUGCAUUCAUUUUCACUUAUCUGGCAUUGAUGUGCCUCACAAUGACUAUCGGUACUAAAUUCAGUGAACCUAUAUUUCUGGCAGUGAUUGAAGGUACCAAUUGGAUGCCUCAGUUCUGCAUGUUCUUGCCGUUUCUACUUUGGUAUCGCAGUAAAAAUUUCACUAAUAAGAUAAGAAGUCUCCUCACCACCGAAAUCGCCACUACAACGGAACGAUAUGACGAGGAACUAAGGAAAAUGUGGCUAUAACGACAGCACAGUACUAUGUGAAGUAUAUGGGGCUUUUAUAUCAGAGUCAACGUCACUAGUGCUUU